UAACUUUUUUUUCAGUUACUUUAACUCCUCCCUUCAUCUUUUUCUUCUAUUCUCAUCGACAGAGAUAAAUAUAUAUAUUGUGUGUGUGCAGAGGAAGAGGUUACAUGCAUUGUAUAUGUUUAUUUCCCGAGAUUACAUACGGAUCAGAGACACAACUCUGACUCGGUUUCCUCCUCUUUAUUAAAUCACCCAACAUCGACUCUACCUUCUCUCUGUUUUUGUUCAUCUUCCUUUGAUCGGAACAAAAUAUAAAAAAAAAAUCAAAGCUUUUUUUUUUUUGGUUACAAAGAGAGAUGGCAAUACAAGCGCAGUUGAGUUACAACGCUUCGAACGCGAAUCAAAUCGGGUUUGGUGGGUCUGAGUUUUCUUUGGUUAACAACAACAACAAUGGCGGAAUCGGAAUCGGUAACGCUCAGUCUUAUUAUCUCAAUCAUCUCCAGUCUCAGAAAGAUUUCAACCAGCAAGCUCUGUUUCAUCAUCAACAUCAACAACAACAACAACAGUCUCGUUCUCAGCACUUUUUAGCCGUUCAUAUGGAGAAACAGAAACAAGAGAUCGAUCAGUUCAUCAAGAUACAGAACGAGAGGCUGAGGUAUGUGUUGCAAGAACAGAGGAAGCGAGAGGUGGAGAUGAUCUUAAGGAAAAUGGAAAGCAAAGCUUUGGUUUUGAUGAACCACAAGGAAGAAGAAAUGUCGAAAGCGUUGAGCAAGAACAUGGAACUCGAAGAUCUGCUGAGGAAGAUGGAAACAGAGAAUCAAACGUGGCAGAGAUUGGCUCGUGAGAACGAAGCUAUGGUGCAGACGCUUAACUCAACGCUCGAACAGGUCCGUGAGAGAGCCGCCACUUGUCACGACGCUGGUGCUGCGGAAGACGAAGGGUCUUAUUGCGGCGGAGAUAGUUUUCCGGCGGAGAAGGAGAAGAAGAUGAGUGGUGGUGGUACUAGUACUAGUUGUUGCAAUUGUGGGUCUAAUGGAGUGACGAGGGUUCUGUUUCUGCCGUGUAGGCAUCUCUGUUGCUGCAUAGAUUGUGAGGAAGGGCUUGUUCUUUGUCCGAUCUGUAACACCCCCAAGAAGAACAGAAUCGAAGCCUUUAUUUUCUAGGAUUUCUCUAGAAAAUUUCCCCGAGAAAAAUGUGGUAAAAAACUUAGAAGAAGAAGAAGAAUGUGCCUAGUUUUUGUAUUCCGGUGACCGGGGAAUUUUUUUUGGUUAUUUUCCGGGGAAGUUUUUAGGGGAAAAAAAGGGAAAGUAAAAUUAGGCAUUUUAGAAUAGGAGAAAAAAGGUUAUCAAGAAAGUAAAUUCUAAUUAGGGUUUUCUUUUUGACCUUUUUGUUUUUUUUUUUUGGUUUUUUGCCAUCAAUGGGGGGAAAAAAGAAAGCCAGCUGGAUUUGAUGAACAUAAUCCAUAUUUUCCUUUA